AUGCUUGAUAACAAGAAGAGAGAGCACAUGCCUACAUUGGCUCCUCCAAGCAGAUGCUUGAUAACAACAAUAAUGUGGACAGUUUGGAUGACGAAUGAAGUGGAUGAGAAUGAGUUUGAUAACAAAGAUCAAGAUGAAGUUGUUCAUGAAGAGAAGAAAAGUGGGCAGAAAGAAGAACUUCCUUCCAAUAUUUCCGAUCCAGUAAAUUGGGAUGACAUGAAUAUGAGAUUCAGAGAUUUAUUAGUUGAAAAGGGUCUAGCGACAAGACAUGACAAAAAAGGUGGUUACUUGGCAACUAGCGGGUACAAUGAUUGGAGAAAUCUUUCAAAGCGACUCAAAGAACACAAAGGCAGCCAUGAUCACAUUACUUGUAUGACUCGUCGAGCUGAGUUAGAGUCUAGACUACAGAAAAAUAAAACGAUUGAUAAGCAUGCCCAAGAAGCAAUAAACAAAGAUAAUAUUCAUUGGAGGGAAGUACUCCUAAGGAUCAUUGCAUUGGUGAAAACUCACGCUAAAAAUAAUUUAGCAUUUCGUGGAAAAAAUGAAAAGGUUGGCCAAGACAGAAAUGGGAAUUUUUUGAGUUUUAUUGAAAUGAUUGCAGAAUUUGAUGUCGUAAUGAGAGAGCAUAUCAGAAGAAUUGGUGCAGCUGAGAUAUAUUCUCAUUAUUUAAGUCACAAGAUUCAAAAUGAGCUAAUAGGUAUCUUGACCGGUGAGAUUAGACUUAUGAUCAUGAAGACAAUACAUGCUUCAAAGUACUGUUCCAUAAUUCUUGAUUGUACUCCGGAUAUUAGUCAUAAAGAACAGAUGACUAUGAUCAUUCGAUGUGUGAAUAUUUCUUCAACGUUAACGAAGGUUGAAGAGUUUUAUUUGACAUUUUUGGAAGUGAAAGAUAAAUCAAGUGAAGGGUUAUUCUCUAAGAUUAAAGAAGCAUUAGUUGAUAUGGAGUUAGAGAUUGAUGAUGUGAGAGGACAAGAGAGUGAAACACAUGGUAUUGGAGUGUUUGAGAUUCUUUUUGGUAUGAUUCUUUGGUAUGAUCUUCUAGCUGUUGUCAACCGAGUGAGCAAGACUUUACAAUCGGCUGACAUUGAUAUUGAUGUUGCUAUUAUCGAACUAAAAGGACUCGAUAUGGAUAUAGAAGCUGAAUUUCUUGUAAAGAAGAAGAGGACCAUUCGAAGAAAGAAGCAUUUUGAUGAAGUUUCAGAAAAAGGAGAUGAGAAUAUGGACUUGUCACCAGAGGAGGAUUUCAGAAUUAAUUACUUCUUCACACUCAUAGAUCAAGCUCUAAAAUUGACAUCUGCAAGUGAUGAAAGUUUAAUGGCAUCUUGUGUGCACCUUGAAUCAUCCCUCAAGCAUGGUGAGCAUUCUGAUAUAGAUGGCUAG